CGGUUUGAUAUUUGUUAUUCUGGCGAAUGAGGAAUAAUCGAAUAAUUUUUAGUUUUUAUCCCCGAAAAGCUUCAUAAAUUGUUUUUAAAUAAAAUUCAUUUGGAAGUGCUAGUAUGUGGUCCAACUUUGAACUAAUUUCAAUCGAAGAUGAAACCGUCAACAGCGAAUUUUGUACUACUGGUUUAUUUCGUAUUUCCAGUGAAAAAUUGGUUGAAAGAAAUCCGUAUGUGACUGGAAUCCUACAGAAUCGUCGAUUGAUUAUUUCAAUCGAUAAAACCUUAGUGGUGUUUCAGGAUGAGAACUGCUGCAACGAUGGUAAUUUUUUAGACGUUUCCUGUGAUAUAGAAUGCGUCGUGACUUCGGAGAGUGGCGAUUUGGUACUUUGUGCACUUUCUAACGGGAUGAUAUCUGGGUUUCAUGUUCGAGGAUUGAACUUGUUUAAUUUAUCCAUCCAUCCAGAUGACUACAACGCGAACCGAACGUUUGCCGAAAUUCGACAUUUGAAUGGGAGCUAUUUCGUACAGUGCUGUAGAGGCCCAGUGUACCAGAUUGUUAUUGACGAAGGCAAACUAAACGAAUCACUGAAACAAUUGGAUAUAAGUAACAUGGACAAUGCACUGAAUUUUGAUGAAUGCAUCGCUAUUGAUCGGGUGUUCGAAAAACAUUUUCGCGAGAUAAGCACAGCUUUUGUACCGAUUGUAAGAUAUGACCCAGAACACGAUUCACCUUACACUGCAUUUUUGUCAACGAGUAAUGAAUCAAUUUACUAUCAAAGCAAAAAUUGUUUCGAAAAAUUUUCUCUGAAACCGGAUUAUUCGGGUAUCAAAAAGGUGUCUAACAUAGGCGGUUGCUAUAUCGGUUUAACCAACAGUGGACAGUUAGUUGAAAUUUGUGCCAUAGUGAAACUAACGUCGGAGCUUAGUAUUCCCUUCAAAAUAGAUGACUUCAUUAUUAUGGAAUGUACGGAAGAAGCAGUUGAAUUGCUACUGUUAACGAAACCAGAUGAAAGCGGUUUGAGACUGAUGAAAAUUGUUGAUUUUCCUUCAAUGGAUUGUAAAUACGAACUCGAUAUGAAUGAACAUGUAUGGUUGGUUCAGCAGCCCAAAAGUGCUGUCAACAUUUACUACAUCACUGGAAAUGCCGGGGACAAAAGGCAUGUACAAGAGAUUGAAAUGAAAAUUCUAUCGGAAACACAACCAUCGCUUCGAUUGGACAAGUUAAUCCGCACAGGCCGACUAGACGAAGCGGAAGUGUUUGCCAAACAGUUUGACCUUAGCUUGCAGUUGAUCCACCAGGCAAAGGUUCGUCAUCUAUUGGCCAAACUGGCCUCCAGCAGGCAUUCGGCAGCAGAACUGCUUCAGGAAAUGUUUGCAAAAAUGAUGGAAAUUUUGCAAAUGAUUAGCGACCCGUCUUUUUUGCUUGCCAUUCGUAUGUUUGCUAUUCCCGAACGUAACAUAAAAAAGCAGUUUCUUCAGUUUUUAUUGGAUAGAAUAGAUAAAAAUUGUCCUGAAGUAGGUGAAAUUAAUGAACAGUUGCUUCGAUUGGACACAUUGAAGUUAAUCGAUCCUUACGAGGUCGAUUUUGAAUGGCAAAAUUUUGUGUAUCAUCCAAAUCUCACCAAGCAUUGCAUUGAAUUGUUCAAAACCGACAUGGCAGCGGCCUGUCUUAUAUGGUCUCGUCACAUUUCUUCCAUUAUCUUAAACAUGGACGCUCUGAAAAUCGCCAGUCUACUGAAAUCAAUUCCGGAAGGUACACCUCCACUGCAAUUAAUCCAAUGGUUAAUGCACUUCGUGCCUCCAAUUCUGCAGCAUCUUCCUCAAAUGAUGCGCAUUCUGGUAACGUUCGUGAUUGGGAAAACAAAAGCCCUUCAGUUUUCGCCUUUCUGGCCGAAAAUUGGACUCACUUUCAUUGAAGAUGUUAUAGUAAUUUUCAAAGACGUAAAGUUUCCAAUCAUGGAUAUGCGCCUACAGUACGAAACAAACAUGGAAGAAAUGGAACAUCUGAGUGACGCUCUCAAGGAUCUUACGUUGCUAAAAGAAAAAUUCAAUCUCACCACUAAUUUCGAAAAUUAUCUCCAGGAAACCAAAGAGCACACGGCUUUUCGUCUAUUGCAAACUGUGCAGCUUUCGAAUCUGAGACGAAUUGUAAAUGAAUUUUUGUAUCCCAUGUUUGUUGGUCAAGAACAUCGACUACAAACCUCUAUCACACAGUACAUCCAUUUUCUGAUUUCCAACCAAAACAUCAGUUACUGGGAAGAACGUUGCGUCAUUCUCGUAGACGUUAUUCACAACGAAGAUAGCAAAUUGAAUGUAAUUCUUGACAUUCUGAAAUCAUCUCCUGCUCCUUGGUCGGCGACUAUAACGCCGCUGAUGAAAUAUGCAAACACUGACCACCCAAUAGCGGCAAAAAUUUUGCUCGAACAGCGAACGCAGAUCGUGAAAAUCAUCAAAGUUAAGUACGGUUGGCCCGCUAAAAGUCAGGGAUGUCUUCGAAUGCUAGCCAAUCGAGUGCUGAAGAUGCGCGAUCCCAGUAUGUUGAACGACAUCAAAGAACUGACCGAAUCGGCUCCGGAGAUUGCUCAUCCAGUGGAUUUGAAUGUGAUGCUUCGGUUGGCCGAGUACGGAGAAUUCGCUGCCUCGAUCCGGUACAUCGACGGAUUGGCCGAACAACGAAAGCAAGACUGUUGCCGUUCCACCGUGGAAAUGUUGAUUCAAAUACUAGACAGUACAUUCGCCAUUGACGCACUUACGGAAAGCUAUAUCGAGCUGCUGCGACUACUCCGGUCACGAUGUGCACCGAUGACUCAGUCCGAAAUACAUGACAUGCUCAACAUUAUAAAUCUACGGAAAGAGUUCAAGUUACAGGCAACUCGGGAGCAGCUAGUCGAUGACAGCGAUCGUCAAUUGUUACUGGAAAGCGGUAUCAAGUAUUUGAUAUCGAAGAUCAAAGAAGAUCGCGAGUCAUUUAUUCCAGGAUUGUUGGGUGGAAUGAAACGUUUGACGGAUGGUUUGUCUUCUGACUAUCUAAAAGGCUUGUACGAAAUAUUAAAACUCAUUGACAGCGUUCAUGUGAGCUGUGCCAUUUUGUCGAGGGUUGUCGAAAUCGUCGAUUUGAAUCGAAACACACAUGGCAACAUACAGCGCCUAGUGGCCCUGGUGUUGACACAACAGAUGAAGUGUUUCGUGAAUUCAAAUGCUAAUUGGGAACUGGAUCCAUUGACCUACCCGUUGGCGGAUAAACUACUUCGGGAUUGCUAUAACGAGAGCAUAUUUGAAGGAAUGGCAAAAUUAGAGCUGUUGAGAUGGGUUCAAUUGGGCAGUCAAUACUACGAAGUCGAUGUGCUAAAAGAAUACGGUAAACGAGCCACGAUACCCGAAAAAAUUUUUGCAAAACUUGGUGCUCUGACCAAUGGGGCUAAUGUUUCGGUACGAAAAAGUUGUAAACGUGAUUCUCUUUCUACGUUUGAUAUGGUGCACACAAACGACGAUGCCAUGGAGGUGAGCCAUAACUUAGAUGAUCAAGAGAUGAUCAUUAAAUGCAUCGGACUAGGGCUGCAAGUGGUCGUUAGUAGCUUGAACACAAGCAAAUUGGAACCACCGCAUGUAUACUUUCGUGAGUUGCUGACAUCGAUUGAUGUUUCCACGAUAAAUUCGGAGUUCCAAUCGAGUUUGGAAUCCUUAGUCAAGCAUAAAAAAUAUCCAGCAGCUGUAAUGUUGGUGCAACUGGUACUUUCCUAUCAAAAAGAAACAGGUGUUUUAAUUCCGGCUGAAUUCGCUGAAAAUUUGAAACGAAAAUCAUUAAAGUACUUUUUAUCCCAAAAAGAACCCGAUUACAAUAUGGCAGUGUUUGUUCUAUUGCAUUGCGAACAUCGCGAUAAAUGUCUCGAAUAUUUGCGUUGCAAUAUGCUGAACGAGUCGCAACGAGCAGCCUUCCACGCUCUGCUGGAAUUCUACUAUAUCAAUAUUGGAGAAAUGGAGAAGGCCGUUGAAGAGCGUGGCAACCGUACACGUUUCCGAUUCUUCUAUGAAUUGUGUAAAUUGGAUCCAUCGUUGAAAGCCAAGAAAACACUCUCAUUCCACAGCAUUACCGAUCUAACCAAGGAGAUGAAGAGCAAAAGUCUCAGCGUUGAUCUUCUGCGGAAGAUGAGUGAAAACUUUUCCUGGGAUUAUCAGCAGGUUCUUGUGUCGCAAAUCAUCACGACACUAAGCCUGCAGGAGUUGGAAUUUGAAGUCAGUCAAGAUAAUUUCGGCAAAGAAGUGAUUACUAUUAAAACCUCACCUGACAGUAUUCUCAGACAGUGUCAACCCUACAUAAACGAAGUCACCAAUCACGUCCUGUUGAGUUCAAAACUGAUGAAAUACGUGGAAGAAAUGAACUUCUACUUCUACGAAAUGUACAUUUGUGUGUUAGAGAUUUUCUCUCAAAUUAAUCACAUCCAGGAGGAAAUGAUUAUUUGGAAGAACAUAUUGAACUACCUGAUGGACGGACUGACCAUGAAACGAACACAUCGUGCUGGACAGAUCGAGUUGGAUGCUUGGCUGAAGCUACAGCCGGACGGCGGCAUGCUUCCGAAGAUUGCCAAAUAUCGUCUACCUUUUCUGCUUCUAAUUCGUCAUCCAUUGAAGGCACUUUUGAAGGAAGAAAUUACAAUCGAGAAUUACAAAAAAAUGUUGGUGCUGGUUGAGCUCAAAGCUCGACUCGAAAAUAUGGAUCCCCACGAUCUGCAGGACUACUUCUGUAAAUCAGCAGUCAUAAAUUCCAUAUCCGAAUAUAAAAUACAAGCAGAGGAGCUGGCACCGGCCACGGGAUGGCAUCUGCAACCGGUGAACAAUUCGUUUUUGCAAUCGAUCCUGCGUGUGGUGGACUGUGUAUCGGAUCUUUCUUCGAAACUUUUCAUCCUCUACUAUGUGACAAACAACGCACCGGAGGGAGCCGAUCAGGUGGAAGCCGCAUACGAGUGUUACAAGUUCGCUUGCCAGCACGAGGAUGACUUGGCCAGUAACGUCGAUGCCAAAGACAAAAUAGACAAAAUUAUACGCAAGUAUCCCAUUUUCAAAACGCAACAUUUGCUGUUGCAGUACGGCAUCAGCGAUGAUAAACUACUGGCACUGGUGAAGAACCCACGAGAGCUCAUAAACGCACUCUACAGUGAAACGCUUCAACGCAAGGUGGACAUCAACAGUUUGGUGUGUGAGAUUUCCAAACUACACCAGAUAGAUAUCGAUGCUAUUCAAGUAACUCUGAUUCAGAAAUGGCUCUCGAUUUUCGGAUCCGGUAACGAUUCAAGCGAAAACAUGGAAGAGACACUGUACGAGGACCAUAACAUGUCAACAGACAAUUCUGAUGUGGCCACUUCAGCCGAUGAGUACGUGGCGAGAGCUCAUUAUAUACUUAAAAGUUGGAACAAGGAAAAAAGUGUUCAGUUUCUAAUAACACAACUUUGUACGGGCGAUGCCAAUAUUGAUGCUAAAAAGCAAUUGCAAAUUUAUGACUGCUUUAGUAAAUUAAUCGAUGAUCAAUGCAUGACUUACGUAGACGUAUUCAACCCGAACCACUACAUAGUGCUGAAGUGCAUUUACUUUCUCAAAUCACUUGGUUUUAACAACCUGACUGUGAGUAAAUUUGAAGAAACGGAAAAAAUGGGUUUAUUAAAACGCCUGUGGCAAUCACAUGCAACUACUUCCAAGGGACUAGAGGUUAUCGCUUACAUUUGCUUAGGUUAUAACAUCUUUGUGCCACAGAUAUGGAAUGGAGUACUGAAGCAAAUGUCGCGUACCAAUAUGAUAUCACACUUAACCAUGCUACUGGAUAUAGUCUCGGCACGAGAACAGUUGAUUACCCUUGAAGGCUAUCGCAUGGCUUGGGAAACGGUCAUCAAAGCACCGUUCCGAAACGCUAGCCGGAAUCGUUCAUUCGAGGAAGAUGCCGUACUGGCAAAGUCACUGAUAAUGCUGCAAAAGUGUCCGAUUUCGGCUUCACUCAAUCUCAUGGACAUAGCUGAGGUUUGCAUCAAUGCCAAUCGGGUUUGCAUGGCUGCGAUAUUAGUUCCUUAUGCAAAUGAUACGCAGAAGCCAGCGUUGACAAAGCUAAUACUCAACAACAUGGAACCUACCCUGCGACAACAAAUACUUGAAUUAGAAGAAUUUGGCAUAGCAUCAGUUAUCACCCGAGCAGUUUUCAGUGCACUUAAUUUAAACAAACAGGUUUAGAGAAGUAGUAUUACAGCAUAAUUCGCAAAUUCCAAACAAAACAAAAAAACGUAUCAUGUGUCUUGUUGGAAUUGAAUAUAUACUUUUGACGAUAAUAA